CACACACAGGAAUGUGGCUGGAACUUUCUGUGGGUGGGUGCAUGUGGGCGGUGGUCAGUGUAUAUAAACAGCAGGGAGGACGGCCAUCAGGCAGACAGACUUGAGACUGAAGCAGCCUGUUACAAACCAGCGCCACCACCUCCACCUCCAGGGUAACAGGAUGUUGUGCCCCAGCGUCUUCCAGCCGUCCCCCGCCGCCAUGACGCCUUUCCUGGACCUGCACUGGCCCGUCCGCAGCCUGUGGCCCGAGACCCGGCCGCUCUUCUACCACAUGGAGCGGGAGAUGAUCCGUCACAUGCAGGAGAUGAAGCAGAGCAUCGAGUUCAUGGAGAAGUUGCACCAGAAGAUCUUUGAGGAGAUCGAUCAGACGUCCUCCUGCACGGGGGCCUUCAAGCCCAUCGCCUUCCAGGAGCUGGGGAGGGACGGCACCACCUUUGCCCUCAGCCUGGACACGAAGGAGUUCUCCCCGGAGGAGCUGUCGGUGAAGCAGGUGGGUCGCAAGCUGAGGGUGAGCGGCAGGACGGAGAAGAAGCAGGAUGAUGGGAAGGGCUCCUACACCUACAAGUGCCAGGAGUUCAGGCAGGAGUUCGACCUGCCGGACGGCGUCGACCCCGAGGCUGUCACCUGCUCGCUGGUGGGCGGCCAGCUGCAGAUUCAGGCGCCGCGGGAGAACCCCGCCAAUGACGGGAAGGAGAGGAUCGUCCCCAUCAGCUUCACCUCAGCCCCGGCCGUCACCACCGCCUCCUCCUCCAGCGCUGGAGCAGAGGGAAACGGCACCCCCACCUCAGAGAGCACCCCCGCAGAGAAAAACUGAAGCCUCCCAGGAGUCUUUGUUCUGUAGUUUUAUGGGAACGUGGAGCUUUUUCACUCUUUGUAAUAAACUGUCAAGGUUAGCUUACAGCGAUGACUCAUCACCUAUACGUGAACAGAGUGAAGCGCCUUCGUCUCCCUGGUGUAGCGUUAUCUGCCAGAUGGAGGCGACAUGGAGCUGAUUCAUACCCCCCACCACCCCCCACUAAUACUUGGUUAAAUGGUCCUUAGAUAUUUGCACCUUGCCCCGAUACUGGUUUCAUCACCGUUCUCUGCAUAACUGGUAAAGUUCCUUUAAACUCCGUGUCAGGGCUGAGGUCUGAACACACACCUGUGUCCAAACAUCUGGCUGCUGAUUGAGCUGAAGUUAAAGAACCUUCAAUGUUUCCCUGAUGUUUGCUGUUAAUCCAUUUUUAAUAAGGACUGAACCUGCAUGUGCUUCCUGCACCGUCCAUAAACUGGCGGCGUGCGCCUUUAACCUGUGACUGUGAGCGAAUAAAGACACGAGACACCAGUUUUUCCCCUUUCUUUGUAAAAUAAUUCUCAAUAAACUUAAUUUAUUCACAAACUGC